CUUCGGCAACCCCGCGGCCGAGCAUCGCCGAGCCGAGGCCACUUCGCCCGUCUCACUCACACCCGCCGCACUCCCACGACGCGAUCCCCGUACUCCCCGACCAUUUCUCCGCCUCCGCCUCGGCACGCCGUCGCCAGCACAAGCUGCGCAGGUUUCCCAAGGGAGCGAUGGAGGAUGACUCGCCGGUGGUGAAGACGGCGAAGGGCGCGAUGACGGGGCUGGCCGCGGGCACCAUCUGGGGCACCAUCGUCGCCACCUGGCACGACGUGCCUCGGGUGGAGCGCCACGUGGCGCUCCCUGGCCUCAUCCGGACCGUCAAGAUGUGCGGCAGCUACGGGGUCACUUUCGCUGCCGUCGGAGGGCUCUACAUCGGCGUGGAGCAGCUCGUGCAGGCGCAGCGGAAGAAGCGUGACUUCGUCAACGGGGCCAUCGGCGCCUUCGUCGCCGGCGCCACCGUAUAUGGCUACAGAGGGAGGAGCAUUAAGUCUGCUCUUAUUGGUGGUUCUAGCCUGGCAUUCACGUCUGCUGUGCUGGAUGUCGGUGGUAACACUACCAGAGUGGACAAUGGCAAAGCGUACCAUGCAUACACAACGGAAAAGAAGCCAGCUCAUUGAUCAAGGUUGUGUACUUGUAGCACAAAUCUUGCAAGCCAUCAGCUCGGUGAAUUUUUUAGCUGAUGCGUGCUCUUAUGCCUGUUUUGCUGAUGCACCCUGUUCCUUCGCAAAUCCAUGAUAACUUGUUUUGCUCGAGGGACCAAUACAACAGACGCGGAAUAAAUUUCUAUUUAUUUUCUUUUGCUUGAUUAUCGGUUAAAUAAUCACCCAUGACGUAUUAUACUGCCUUGAAUUGAGUCUCGUGCAGUGUGAAAUGCUGAAUUCUAUGAAUUGCUUGAGGUUCUUGGAU